AUGGUUCGAUCAACACGAAAAUCUAACCCUCCCGCCAAUCUUGAUGAAUUGGCCAGGAAUGCAUAUCCUCAAGACAAUCUUGAGACUGCAGUUCAAAAGUAUGUCAUCGAGAUAUGGAUCAAAUGGGCAAAGUUCAAGAUGAAUGGGGUUCGUUAUAUGAUUGCGGAAGGUCUCUGUAUUACCAAUUCCGAGGGGGAGAUAAAUGACAGGAAUCGAUUGUUCUGGAAUAAAUUGCAAUAUCCAGUCAGUCAUCAUGAGAUCGACCAUAUGACCAAGGCCCAAGACGCUGCCCAAAAAGUCUUAAAACACAAAAGUGAAGGUCAGUGGAAUGUCCCAAGAUAUUUUAAAACGCACUUCUUGAAAUUUCCUCGAGACAACAUCUUCAAACACGCUCUGGUCGCACUUCCUGGAAACGUGAUAUCCCCAAAUCUUCUGACCACCAACUGGAAGAAGAGAUACAUUGAGCCAAGCCACAAAAUCUACUUGUACAUCGGAUGUAAAACUCUCCGUGAUACGAAAGGAAAGUAUGUGAAGCUCCAGAGAAUUCUUCGUCCACAGAUCGAUGCAACACUCCUUCGCAUCUCCAAGAUCUUCCACGAAAUCGGCUCCAUAUUGCUAUAUCGUCACAAUACAUUUCAUUUUGGCAUGGCAAAUGAAUCCAUAGAGAAAAGUUCCCCUUCAUGGAUUGGAAAAUGGGCAUAUAGACCUGAGCCGAGCAAACGCGGAAUUGACAAAGGGUCGAUCACCAAAGCCAUCCGACAAAUUCAAAGCAAAGUCGUCGUCACCUCCGUUCCGGCCUGGUGCUACUACGAUCCCUUCAUCCGUUUCCUCUAUCACGUUCGAUUACGUAACUCGAGUUUCGUCAAGAAGUUACGACUUGAAGGAACGAUCAAAGCCCAUGAGUGCAGCAGAAAUACAUGCAGACUUCAGUGUGACGAUGAUAUUAUCACGAGCAUCAAAUGUUACACACCGUUCAUUAACACGUUCUGCCCUUGGCUGCAUGAAUUAACACUAGAGGUAGACAUUGACUAUUGGGGAGCUCUACCCACUCCAGCUAGUCGACAAUCCGAAUUCAAUGGGAUGUUCUUGCAGUUACUCGAGAAUGAAAUUAGAGAACUGAAGACUGUUCGAGUUCUUCAUGUCGUUGCUGCAAAACCGCCGAGGGAUCAUUAUCAGAAGGUUGAUGUUGGUAUUGCGAGAGAUACCAUACAGUGGUUUAAAGAACGAGAGACUGCUCGGGUGGAUAAACAGAUUGAAUAUUAUCGUGGCUGCUGA